GUUGCUUUUAAAAAGUAAUAGUACUUCUGUUUUGUGCUUAGAUCGGAUAAAUCUUCCGACUUUUAUAAAGUAAUGCAUUACUCAGCAGUCAAUGCUCGAACCGCGAUUUGCUGUUUCCACCAGCUUAACUAUCCCGUUCUUGAUUGGCCGUUUUUCUAUAGGCAGCUUUAUUCUAAUCACAUAUAACUAUUAUACUCCUUUUCGUAUUUUAGUCAGAUGGCUACAAAAGAGAGCACGUACGAAGAUUCACGUUACAAAUAUUAAUGAAGUUGUUAGCAUUGUAUGGCACGCGUGUCAUCGAGAUGUACUGAUAACAACGGAUACAUAUGCUGGUUUGGCUACUGAUGUCAGUUAUACUGGAAUGGCUUCAUCAGCGUAUGUGAUAUGUUUCAGAUCAAGAAAAGGAAGAUCUUUUAGCUCACUUCGGUUGUAUUAUGUUGACGUAGCUUUUUCUAUGCACGCUAAUCCUUUCACUAACCAUUUUGGCUUAAUUUUCUGGAACUUUAAAACUGACCACCGGACCAUGUGGAAUUUAUAA